AUGUCAUUCUGUCCCAAUUGCGACUACUCUAGUGGUACCUCGCGGCAUCAGUGGUUCACAAUCACAGUUGACAAGGCUAGAGCAGGACUAUUUACUCAGCACACCGAGAACGUAUCCGCGCCAAUCAGAAACGGAGUCUUGAUCGGAUCGAUAGAACUUCAGAUAUCCAACAUGCUCUUCCAACACCCUACCAUGUCACUACGGAACGGAACAUCCAUGAGGUACACCUGGGUUUCUGGGUCGUUUGGUGAAUCUCCGAAUCUAUCCGCACAGCAUCGACGGAACGAGCUACUCCAUCUCGAAUUCCGACCUCAUUCUUGA